AUCAGCAACCUCGGUAUGCUGCUGCAUGACCGGGGCGACCUAGACGGCGCGGAGGCGCUGUACCGCGAGGCGCUGGAGGCGCAGCGAGAGACGCUCGGCGACCGGCACCCGAACACGCUCACCUCGAUCAACAACCUCGGCAGGCUGCUGGCGGCCAAGGGCGACCUGGACGGCGCGGAGGCGCUGUACCGCGAGGCGCUGGAGGGGCAGCAAGAGACGCUCGGCGGCCGGCAACGCUGCUUCGCGAGGCGCUGGAGGCGAGGCGAGAGACGCUCGGCGACCGGCACCCGGAGUACGCUCACCUCGAUCAACAACCUCGGUAUGCUGCUGUAUGACAAGGGCGACCUGGAUGGCGCGGCGCCGCUGCUUCGUGAGGCGCUGGAGGCGGGCCGAAAGAAGCUCGGCGACCGGCACCCGGACACGCUGAUCUCGAUCAACAACCUCGGCCAGCUGCUGGAGGCCAAGGGCGACCUGGACGGCGCGGAGGCGCUGUACCGCGAGGCGCUAGCGGGGCAGCGAGAGACGCUCGGCGACCGGCACCCGCGCACGCUCAUCUCGAUC